AUGGCUUCACAGGAUAAGCCUCAUGUUCUGAUUAUCGGCGCGGGACUUGGUGGCCUAGUUCUCGCUCAGGCUCUGCGAAAGCAAGGCAUAUCUUUCCAGGUGUUUGAGAAAACCUCGGAUUCCCGUUUUCAAGGCUGGGCUAUCGGAAUUCAUAGCAUCAUCGAUGACCUGUUGGAGCAUUUUUCCUCGGACAUGCCGCCUAUCAAUCUGACGGACAUUUUUUUGCCGCUUUCAUUGCCCGCGCAGAUGAUAUUUUAUGGUAGCAAUGAGGUCGAGCCUCGUUAUGGUGUACAGGACGCCGGAAGUAAGGCUGUUAUUCGAUGCAACCGGCAGCGUCUAAGAUCAUGGCUUGCAACCAAUAUCCAUAUCAAUUUCGGUAGUGCAGCUACCACACUUGAAGAAAUUCCAGGAAAUCGCGUCAGGGUAAACUUUGAGAAUGGCUCAAGUGCAAUCGGUGACAUUUUGGUCGGCGCGGAUGGUGUCAACAGCGCUAUACGCCAAUACUUGGUACAGCCGGAUCCAGUUCAUGUGCUUCCGAUUGCCACGGUUGUUGGGGAGGUCGUUCUAUCCGGGAAAGAAUUUGAAAAGCAACUUGAGUUGGGGUAUAGCGGGUAUGUGGCACAUGAUGCAAACUCGCAAGAUGAAGGUAGCGGAAGAAUAUUCGUUGGUUUGAAUUCUGUCAAUGCUGACGGAAAGUCGGGCAACUAUUAUUGGUCUGUGAGCUAUAUCGACCCGGCCGCAUCAAACCUCCCUCAUUGGACAUCAUAUGCAAACAAAGCCAGAAGAUACGAGCUAGCAUUGGAAAAGACAAGCCAUCUCAAGUCUGAGUUCACGGAGAUAAUUCGUCAAACGGGAGUACAGGGGGUGUCAGACAUUCAAAUGUGCCUCCGGGAAUUGGAGCUCCAAGAUCUCCCAACAGGAAGAGUGACCUUGCUCGGAGAUGCGGCUCAUUGCAUGACACCUUUCCGUGGAGAGGGUGGGGUCCAGGCCAUGCGCGACGCUCUUCAUCUGUCAAAGGCAAUUACUCUGAUAGUCAAAAAUACCGAUGGCGGCAACGAGCUCAACAGUGUCAUGGGGGAAUACCAGAAGGAGAUGCUCUCUCGGGGCGGCACAGCGGUUCGCCUUUCGCGAAAUGAAUGGACCAAGGUAUCUCAGGAGGAGCGAUCCAGUUGGGGCACUCGGCGCUCAAUAAUUCCAUCAAAAAAGGUGCUAUUGAGUGAGAUUCCUUGGGCAAAUUAG